AAGUAUAAAAGAUUUUCCAUUUUUAUUCAAGUUUGGUUAUUUGAUUUAUCCCGAUAUAGGGGAAAGGGAGAAACAAACACAAAACUGAAAGAAAGUCAGUUAGGCAGGGAAAAGAAAAAGAAAGCAAACAGGCUGUUUGUUUGAUCUACUAGUUAGUAGUUGCAAGACGCAAGUGCUAUAGUUUUUAUUUAUUUUUGUUGGUCAAGGGAUAUAGUUUAUUGGCUAUAAAUUCGAUCUUUCACUUGGAGAACUUGGACUCGACGCUUCAGUGUUUUUGACUCCGAGUUUUGUUUGAACUCGAGAAAGGGAGAAAGAAAGAGCGGGGUCGGAAAAAAUGGCGGUGGGAGGUUUCGCCGUUGACGGGCCCGGGGGCGGCUUCAAAGGCAAGAUAACAGUUUCAGUUGUAAUCACGUGCAUCGUUGCUGCCUCCAGUGGCCUCAUAUUCGGAUAUGACAUCGGAAUUUCAGGAGGCGUAACAACAAUGGUGCCAUUUCUUCACAAAUUCUUCCCAUCAGUACUGAGAAAGGCAGCAGAGGCCAAAACAAACAUGUAUUGCGUGUUUGACAGCCAGCUUUUGACAUCAUUCACAUCUUCACUAUACAUAGCCGGGUUAGCAGCUUCCCUUGUAGCUAGCCGAGUCACAUCAGCAAUUGGCCGCAAAAACACCAUUGUCAUCGGUGGCUGCACCUUUCUUGCAGGUGCUGCCAUCAAUGGUGGUGCGGCCAAUAUUGCCAUGCUCAUCUUGGGACGCAUCUUGCUCGGCUUCGGCGUUGGUUUCACCAACCAGGCAACUCCCGUGUACCUCUCAGAGGUGGCGCCACCCAAAUGGCGCGGCGCAUUCAACACAGGCUUUCAAUUCUUCAUAGCAGUUGGGGUGGUUGCAGCCAACUGCAUAAACUACGGCACCGCUAAGCGCAGCUGGGGCUGGCGCCUCUCCCUUGGCCUUGCUGUUGUACCCGCCCUUAUCAUGACAACCGGCGCACUUCUUAUAUCCGACACGCCCAGCAGCCUCGUGGAGCGCGGCAAGUUGGACCAAGCCAAGAAAUCCCUCAUCAAAGUCAGAGGUUCGGACGCCGACAUCGAGGCUGAGCUUGCCGAGCUGAAAAAGUCGAGUGAAAUUGCCAAAGCCGCUCGCCGGGAGCCCUUCGUUACCAUAUUUGAGAGGCAAUACCGGCCGCACCUUGUGAUGGCAAUCGCCAUACCAUUUUUUCAACAGCUCACUGGAAUUAAUGUUAUUGCGUUCUACGCGCCGAUUCUUUUCCAGACUGUGGGCUUUGGUAGCGACUCCGCCUUAAUAGCCGCCAUUAUCCUCGGAUUGGUCAACUUGUGUUCAAUCCUUGUCUCCACAUAUGUUGUCGAUCGGUAUGGUCGAAAAUUUCUGUUCAUGGAGGGUGGGAUUCAAAUGAUCAUUUGCCAGGUGGCGGUGGCUUGUGUGCUGGCAGCUACGACGGGCGUUUCUGGCACGAAGCACAUCUCAAAGGGCUACGCUAUAUUAGUUCUGGUGCUAAUGUGCACCUAUGCUGCUGGUUUUGGCUGGUCAUGGGGCCCUCUAAGCUGGCUCAUUCCAAGUGAAAUAUUUCCGAUGAAGAUCCGGCCCACCGGCCAAAGCAUAAGCGUUGCCGUGAACUUCGCAACCACCUUUGUGCUAUCUCAAACAUUCUUAUCCAUGCUUUGCCACUUCAAAUAUGGCACUUUCCUGUUCUACGCCGGCUGGAUCGCUGUUAUGACCAUUUUUGUCUCAUUUUUCUUGCCGGAGACGAAAGGGAUCCCUUUGGAUUCAAUGGGUGCAGUGUGGGAGCGGCAUUGGUAUUGGCGCCGGUUUGUCCAGGGGCAGCCGGAGCUUUGAUUUGGCGUUGGAGGAAUGCUUGUGCUUACAUGUACAACAUUGUUGACAACAAGACAAAAAGGUUAUCCUGGUAAAUUGCUUAUGUUUGGAUUUUUACAAAAAUGUUAUAUUCAGGCUUUCUCUUACUUCCAAUUUGAACAAUUAACUCUAUUGCGAUUAAUAACAUCGAUAUAUAUAUAUUUUCACAAAAUUUCAUUAAAAGUUAACAAUUAUAUAUAAUAUAUUCUGUUAAAUGGGCUACCCUUCGAGCCCAAUUGGUUGA